AUGACAGCUCUGCUCGAAAAGCAGACAACACCACAUCCUGGUUCUCUUGUCUCUUUAUCUAGGCAAGACGUAACCAACCAUGACGAUACGAAUACUUCUUCUCCCGCCGACACCGACCUCGAAAACAGUAUCCCUAUCGCAAACAAACCCCAGCCCCCAGCCCGCGACUUCAAUAAACUCCGCUGGGCAGUCAUUUGCAUCUCACUAUACAUAUCUAUCUUCAUCUACGGCUUGGACACAACCAUCGCUGCAGAUGUCCAAGGCUCAGUGGUAGAAGCAUUCGGACACGUCGAGCAGCUCGCUUGGAUAGGCGCCGGAUUCCCCCUCGGAUCCGUAUCAGUCAUUUUACUAAAUGGCGUUCUCUACGAAUCCUUCAACAUGAAGUGGGUGUACGCUCUAUCCAUGGUCCUCUUUCAAGCUGGUUCGGCGCUCUGUGGUGCAGCUCCCAACAUGGCUGCCCUGAUAGUUGGCCGUGUAAUUGCCGGAGCAGGCGGCAGCGGCGUCUUCAUGGGCUGUCUCAAUUAUUUCUCUAGCCUGACUACGCCUGAAGAGCGAGGACUCUAUAUUACGGGAACGGGAUUCUGCUGGGGUAUUGGUGCAGUGCUCGGUCCAGUGAUUGGAGGUUCCUUUGUUGAGUCGAGCGCUACGUGGCGAUGGGCAUUCUAUAUCAACCUUAUUAUCGGUGCGGCAUUCGGUCCCGUUUACGUUUUUGGGUUGCCAUCUAUUCGUCUCAUUCCUGAUCGAUCGUUUAUACAGCGAGUGAAGAGAAUCGACUUUGUUGGAUUGUUUCUUGGCGCUGGUGUCUGGGUCUUCUUCAGCAUGGCGUUUACAAUGGCCGGAGGCGAAUGGUCGUGGGACGACAGUCGCACCAUUGGCAUUAUUGUCGCGUUCGCCCUGACGCUUCUUCUCUUUGCUAUUCAACAAACCUAUUCCAUCUUCACUACACCUGAUCAGCGGUCAUUUCCCAUCCAACUACUUCGAUCAAGAACCCAAGUCCUCCUCUACAUUGGCACAGCCUCAAACAUCACAUCCCUAUUCGUAACUGUCUACUUCAUCCCAAUCUAUUUCCAAUUUGUCCACAACGACUCCGCUCUGCAAGCUGCGGUCCGCCUCUUACCGUAUGUCAUUGUCACGGUGUGCUUCAACCUCUCGGCCGGGCAUCUCCUCUCCAAAAUCAAGUAUUAUGCACCAAUCUUCAGCGUUUCAGGGCUAUUCAUGAUACUUGGCGGCUCGCUACUCUACGCGUACCUCGAUCCGGAUACUCCAUCAAGCUAUAUUUACGGCUUCACUGUAAUUACAGCGGUUGGCUCCGGUCUCACACUACAAAUUGGCUAUGCUGUCGCGACACUGAAGGCACCAAAGCACAUGGGGGACGCCCUGGCACUACAAAAUGUCGCACAAAUCGGAGGCACGGUUAUCUCUCUCGUCAUCGCUGGCCAGGUGUUUCAAUCUACUGCCACGCAAAAUCUCACUCGGGUGCUUGCCACCACUGGGUUCACCAGCACUGACAUUCAGUCAGCCAUUGCUGGCGCAAAGAGCAAAAUCUUUGAAGAGCUUACAGGUGACAUGAGAGACCAAGCUAUUCUUGCCAUUACGCAGGCGAUACAAAAGUCGUUUAUUUUGGUCAUUGUUGGGGGUGGUGUGCUCACUGUCUCUGGAUUGCUUAUGAAGCAUGAGCGGCUGUUUGGUGAUAUUGUGCAGGUAGGCGGUUAG